AUGCCUACCUACGAAUACCCGGUGGCACUGGGGCUCGCAUACAUCCUUCUAGUCGGGUGCCUCAUCAGGGCCUUUUUCGUCUUCGUGGGCUUGCCAGCAUCGGUAGGCGUGAUGCUAAGUGGCUUCAUAUUCCAACACUUCUUCCAGAGCGACCUCUUCUUCGCCCGAGAUGAACUGCAAGGGCUCUCGUUUUUCUUGGUGCUUCUCAUUGCCGGCUUGGAGAUUCGGUCCAAAGACUUGCAAGCACACAUCUUCGUGAUGGCACUCCUGCCUGCAAGUUGCGAACUAAUCGGAAUUGCCGUGUAUGCUUGCAAAGUGCUGGAGUACACUCCGGUCGAGGGCAUGGUGCUCGGAAGUGUCCUUGUCGCGAUGGGUGAUGGGCUGGUCAUCCCCAAAAUGAAGGAGUUCUCGCAGACGUUCCCGGACCAUCCGUUGCCGCGGCUGGUGUUUGCAUGGGCUCCUUUGGAGGCCUCGUUCGCCCUGACCGCCUUUGGGGUUCUCACAGGCCUGGCGUCGCCGGCCCAUCAAGCACCCACCCCAUUGGGAACCAUUCUUCUGGCAAACUUCCUUCGCCUGGUCGCAACCCUGGCGCUGGGCAUCCUGUUAGGAUGUGUGAGCUGUUGGUUCAUCGCCAGCCGGCAGAAGAUGCGGAUCUUGAAGCUUUUAUUCCAGGAUCCGGCUACAGAAGGUGGCAAAACAGAAGGCUUCCUUGUCCUCAUCUCUGUUACGCUCAUUGCUUUGUCAUUGGGCAAGGGCGAGUCUGGAAGCGAGUUGGUUCCGAUGGGCUUCUGUCCAG